AUGUUCUCACUUAAUUAAAUUAGAACUCCGAGGUUUUUAUAUUGCUUGAGAAACUAUAGAGUGAAGAAUUAAAUUUUAGUGAUUUAACUUUUAAUAUUUACUGUGAUUAUUGCCUUUUUGACCAUAGCCUUGGUGAUUAAUAGAGUAAUAAUUGAAUCUGUAAUUGAGAAGGUUUCAUUUUAAUUGUUAUAAAACAUUAAUCAAAAGGCUCUAUUUAAAUAAUCAGCUUAUUUGGAAUACUAAACCUUUUUAACAUUUAAUUUUGGCUUCAGUCUGCUUAAUAAAAUUAAUAAUCAAAAUUUGUAUUUGCUUAAGUAAUAACAUAUCCUUCUGAGCAACACGCCAUUUAGUUGUGUUGAUUACAAUGUGAGAUAGAAUCAGCCAUUCGAAUAUUAUCUGCCGGAGUUUUGUUAUUAUUAUGCAAAUCAGGUAGAUUUUGCCUUAAUUCCGAAAACAGAAAUUGAUUAGCAUUUGAUAAUUUUGAUUUAAAUGUUAAACCAACAAUUUUUGUUAAUCAGUUAUCGUGAAUUGGAACCUACAAUCUAUUUGACUUAAUAAGGAGAAGGGUAAUUUUUUGCCAUUAUUCCUUAAAAAAUGAGAUACCCUAAAUAUCGACCAAAGGAACGACAAUGGUACAAGGAUCACAUUGCUAAUCUGAACAGUAGUAAUCAACCAGAAGUGGUUUCGGAGAUAUACAGGAAUUACGAGACCCAAGAGUUCGAAUUUACUCUCACAGUGUCAUUGACGGAUGCAUAAUUACAAUUUGAUGGAGUCAUAGCAUUGGAUAGCAAUUUUCAAGUGAUCAAACCCAAGAUCAAUUAUGAUUAACUUAAUAUCUAUCUAGUCGAUCUGGCUGGUAGGAUAUUGAUAUCGAAUGUGUAUCCCUCAGUGAAUUUUGUCUAGGAGAUGAAGUUCUUUAAUGACACUUCCAUCACAGGAUUUGACAACUAAGACUGGAUUGAAGUUCUCAAAUAGAUUUUGUAUCAGAAUGGAGAAUCUAAUUGCCAAUUUGCAUACAAAAACUUUUGUAGACACAAUAAAUUGUUUGGAUAAGAUCUGUUCAUUCGAGGGUUUGGGAUUCACAACAGAUUCUAUCAAAUAGUGUAAGCAUAUUUCAAUGUAUAUUUAAGAUUUGUAGAUUACAAGUUCAUGUAGGAGAAUGACAAUGACACUCAAGAAUUGAAAUCGGAGUUGUUAAGUCAAGCAACUGCCCAAUUGAUUUAUUAUGUUAUCUACAACAUUUCAGGAAUCCUGCUCUGUUGGAUAGUGAUGCAUUUCUUCUUGAAACCUUACUAUGAAUUGACUAGAUUAUUUUAGUAGACAACCCAAACUAAAUUUAAUCAGAAAUACGAAAUCGCCUUGAAGAAAGUCAAAAUCUUCAAGUAGAACAAUCUCAUUCAGACUGGACUCGAUAAUCUCUGUAACAAGCUAUCGGAAAUCAGAUCAAGAAAAUCAAGAGAGUGUCAUUACAUGGAGAAUUACAAGUAUCCCAAGAAUUUAGCAAAACAUGCUUACAAAUUCAGAUUUUAUAUCAAACUAUUUCCCAAGAAAUCACAAAUCCAACAAUUAACACGGUCAAUCAAAUUAAUUUAUGAUGAGAUCUUAAAGAUUUUGGCAGGAAACACCGAUGAAUUCUACUCCAAGUUGAUAUGA